GCGACUGCGGUGUCCAGAGGAUAUUAUAGGAGAUGUUUUUUUCAAAAAAGGCUUUCUCUGCACUAAUAUGGUUGCCUUCGAGAAGGUCUUGAUCCAUGAGUUCCUUCAGCAUUUCCUGCAUGAGCUGGUUUUGAGCUCCACAAUAAAAAGACACAUCUGUGUUAAAAAGUCAGGACAGAAGACUAUCUGCCUUCCUGCAGUGGGCAGCAUGGAACCAUUAUAUGUCCAUGUUAAAAAGGAGCCCAGUGAAACCUGGCCUGUCCAUGUGAAACAUGAAUCAUCUGAACAGGAUUCGCACCAUGUGAAACAGGAACCAUGCGAUCAUAAGCCAGUCUCUGUUAAACAGGAGCCAUGCGAAUUCCACAUUAUUGAGGUAAAGGAGGAAUUCUGUGACCAAGAACAUGUGAAACAGGAAUUCUGUGAGACCCAUGUUGUCCCCGUGAAACAGGAGCACUGGGAGCAGGAGUCAGUCUGUGGAAAUAUGGAGGAUGAUGAACCACAUCUUGCUGAAAUAAAACAGGAGUCCUCUAAAUCAGACGUGGCUUUCUUAAACACACUAGCACAUAAGACUAGUUCUGCACAUAUAGCAGAGACUCAGGAAAAUCAACCAAAGCUUAUUUCUGAAGAUCAAUGUGCAAAACAGAAAGACUAUAUGACACUCAGUAAGGUUGUGUUUCUAAAAACACACGCAAAAGCACAGGAACCCACUAAAGACUGUGCCACAGAGAGACAGGAUGAAGAGCCAACUUGUACAUCUACUUCUCAAGCAAUAAUGAAUGUCACUUGGAAGAAUGUUGGUGAGAAAAGCAAUAUUUCCAUCACAGUGCCCCCUCACAGUUUUCCAAAAUAUCUUAUUAUGUUAAAGAAGCUGGGAAAUCCUACCUUUGACCAGAAUAUUCAAUUUGGAAGUAAAACCAGCAGCAAGACAAAUGCUGAAAAGCAAAUCCUAAACAAUUCAAAAGAUCCAAGCCAGCAAAAUAUCAGAGUCAAAGUCAUUCAUGAGUGUCCUGAGUGUGGGAAGAUAUUCCCACACAAAUACAGCUUGCAACGCCACCGGAAGAUUCACACUGGAGAAAAGAAAUACGAAUGUACUGAAUGUGGGAAAAAAUUUAUAAAAAGAGGAAUGCUUCAACAACACCAGAGCAGUCAUACCGGGGAGAAACCAUUUGGUUGCUCAGAAUGUGGAAGGUGGUACACUAGGAAAGGUGCUCUUAAAAUACACCAGCGAAUUCAUACUGGGGAGAGGCCAUUUGUCUGUUUUGAAUGUGGGAAAAGAUUCACACAAAAAUGCAGUCUUCAAACACACAAAAGAACUCACACUGGAGAAAAGCCAUAUAGUUGUACUUUUUGUGAAAAGACAUUUGCCCACCAAAGUGGAUAUCAACUGCACCAGAAAGUUCAUGUUAGAGAGAGUUCAUCAUCUUGCAACUCCAUGGAAAAGCCAUAUAGUUGUACAGAAUGUGGCAAGAAGUUUGCUAAACAAGGAGGCCUUGAAGCCCACAAAAGAGUACACACUGCGAAGAACACUGCACACCAGAGUAGUUUUCGCUUGAAUGUUCACAGCGGAGAGAAUUCUUCAACUGUUGCAUCAGACGACCCGAAUCUCAUGUGUAGUUCUGUGACUGAUGGAACAUAUAAUGAAAAACCUCCAGGUCCAUUAUGACAUUGAAUAUUUUUAUCUCUCAAUUUACGACACACAAGGAAAAUGUACACGGAACAAUGCAACAGUAACAAACUUAAAAUGCUCAAGAGAAAUAUUGUUUGCUGCAUGAGUGUAAAGUUCAGUAGAGCCAGACAGUAAAGCCAGGCUUGAAACAUUAACCCUAUGCAAGAAUUUUUUUAUGAUGAGGUUGAAAUAGGGAAACCAUGUAACUGAGCAGAAUAUGCUAAGUAAGGCUUGCAGUAUUUAAAUAUGAUUACAUGUACUAAAAAACUGUUUGAAUGCAAAAACAGAUCAAUUGAAUAAGGAUUAUGACUUGCAUUAUUUUAUACCAAGAGAUCCCAAACUUUUUUUGGCCGCAGACCCCUUUACCAAAAACUUUUAAAACCGUCGACCCCCUAGUCACAUGCAACUU